AUGGAGCCAUGGUUUCAAAACCUGUGUAAAAAAGCCACAGACCCCUCUCGCUUUAACAACAGAGGGGGAAACCUGCUGAAGGAGGAGAAACAGAGAGUCGACCUGCAGAAGAGUUUGCCGAAGCUGGAGAAGAGUCUGAAGGCUCAGAUUGACCAAUGGGAAGCGACGCACUGUAAAGAGUUUCAUGUGAACGGGCAGCCGUUCCUGCAGUAUGUGGAAGACCAGUGGAAUCGACACCAUAUGGAGAAAGAGAGAGAAAAACAGGAACGGCAAAUGAAGAAAAUGAAGCAGACGGAGGAAGAUCUGCUGUACGGCACCAUCAUCAGAACCCCAACCAAGAGAAGACUCGCUGGAACCCCGACACCUGGAAAAACACGCAAGGUACUGACUGCAUAUGUGUACUAA